UUCCAUCCUGCGUUCCCUGCCUGCGAUCACUGCCUGCGUCUCCUCAAUCCCUCAGCAUGGCUUCGAAGUUCGUGCGCCGCGUUGGCGCAAUUGUUCUUGCUUUGACCCUUGCAGUUGAGGGAUCGAUCUCCAGUGCUGGAGAAACCGUGGUUGUGAAUGGGAUCAGUUACUUUGCUGAUCCAAACUCGGUUUCGAUCAUUGCUGCAACCCCGGAGAUGUUGCGCUCGGCGUCGCCCAAGGAUGGAGACUUGAUCCCGUUGACGGUCAUUGAUGAUUCAUCCAACUCUUUUACCACCUCUGUUUUCAGAUCAAUUGUUGCCAAUUAUAGUGCUGCCGACGAUGUCUUCAACCCUGGAUUCCUACAAGCCAUCUACCUCAAGCAUGUUGGAUCCGGCCCGGCAACUGUCAAAUAUCCUCUUGGGGCUGCCCUCACUGAAUAUGGGACCAAGCUAUUCAUGCCAUCUCGUGACUAUACUAAAUCUGUCCAGAGCCAAGGACAGAGCAUCACGGGCUGGAGAACGGAAAUCCCUGCUGGGCCAUACUUCCUGUCUGUGACCACUGGUGAGGUCUUCAAAGCCUACCGUCUUUACUCCGACGUCCAAGGGGCCUUUACUGAAGGACUGAGAGCAAACCCGAAUGGAACUUAUUCUGUCCUCAGCGCCGCCGUCCCGGGAGCACAGAGUCCAACAAUUGGUGUUCCAUCUCGACUCUACUACACCAAGACGGAUUCUCAGCCGCUGGCCGGGGUCCGCGUUGGGGUGAAAGACAUUUUCGACAUUGCCGGCGUGAAAAGCAGUCUCGGAAACCGAGCGUACUACGAUUUCUACCCGCCUCGGAACAGCACUGCCACCGCCGUCCAGCGAUUGAUUGACGCGGGAGCGGUGAUCGUCGGGAAGAUGAAGACUUCGCAGUUUGCAAACGGAGAGACGGCUACUGGUGACUGGGUCGAUUACCACAGCCCUUUCAAUGCUCGCGGCGACGGGUAUCAGGAUCCCUCAUCCUCGUCCGCAGGACCUGGCGCGGGCAUCGGCUCGUAUGACUGGCUAGACCUCGGACUCGGAUCGGAUACCGGUGGCUCGAUCCGCAACCCAUCUCAAGUCAAUGGUUGUUUCGGCAAUCGACCGUCCCACGGUCUCGUGCCCCUGGAUGGUGUGAUGCCUCUUUCGCCCGCCCUCGACACCGCCGGUUUCCUGACUCGAGAUCCCGUCCUCUGGCACACAGCCGCAAAGGUGCUCUACGAAACGAAUAUCACGAGUAACUUCACUGGCUUUCCUAAGAAAAUCAUCACCAGCGGCUUCCCCACGACAGCAACAACCGAGGCAGAGACGAUCCUUCUAGGCUUCCUCUCGAAACUCGAGUCCUUCCUAAAUGCCACGACUACCGCGCUAGACUACAACACUCUCUGGGCGAACACCACCCCAGUCGCGGCCGGCGGCGCCUCCAUUAACGAAUAUCUCAACAUCGUGUACCCCGUGCUCAUCUCACAGCAGCAGUACAACCUCUUCACGCUCCCCUUCUACGCUGACUACGCCGCCGCGAACCAAGGCCGCCGGCCAUUCAUUGAUCCCAGCCCGCUGAUCCGCUGGACAUGGGGACAGGUCAACGUUAGCAGUGACGCAACAGAGCAAGCGAUUGCUAGCAAGAACGUGUUUAUGGACUGGUGGGCCGAGCAAGUCGUGCGGCCCGACGCGGAGAGCUGCAGCGAGAGCCUGAUGCUGUAUCCGGGGACGCUUGCGACCCCGACGUACAGGAAUGUGUAUCGAAGUGCACCAGGAAUCCCGUCCGGGUUCGGUAUUUCGCGCGUGGCGAACUUUGCUGAGGUGCCGGAUAUGGUAUUCCCUAUCGGUCAAGCAGCCUACAACUCAACCAUCACGCUCAAAGAAGAAUACCUCCCCGUAGCCGUCGACAUCGUGGCCGCGAAAGGGUGUGAUGGGAUGGUAUUCGCGCUCGCCGAGCAGCUGCUGUCAGCAGGCAUCAUCGCGAUUCCUAAGACGGGAAGUACGUUGUAUUGAGUUGUAGAUAUCUAUAGGUAGUUAUGAAUGAAUUUAUGGUGAUGAUGAUAAUGUUGAGAAAGAAUGCGGGGUUGCUUGUAUAUUUGUAUAUUUGUAUGCAUGUAUAUAUAUGUGUAUAUGUAAAGGGCUUUGAUGGAUAAUGUUUGUGUUAUGUGUUGUGCGAGAUGGGGUAUGAUGGGUGCAUGAUGGAUGGGAUCGGUUGAGAAUAGGGGGUAAGUAGGUGGCAGAGGUACCAGACAUCAGCUACUACUUGCCUUGAGUAUACACGUAACCUCACUCAUCAUCCUCCACCCCCGAAAAUAGGCAGUUACUAGCACAAAAGAGCUGAAGACAUGACCGGGGCAGUAGAGGGAAGAAACAGCGG